AUGGCGCUUCCAGCAGAUGGAUCCCCAAUGUUGGAGGGACAUCCAGAUAAUGGUAAGGAUCACGGUAAGGUGUGGUCAAACGAAGCCGAGGAAGACGAGGUAGGUAAUGCCGGUACUGCCGGCUCUAGUUGUAGUUCUUCUACUAGCUCUAGUGGUAACUCUUCUACCAGCUCAAGUGACGACGAGGCUGAUAACGAAGACCAGGAUGACUUUAAGUCCCGACUUUGUUUUGUCAAGGUCAUUGUAGGAAAGCUUCAACAGUCAUUGAAACAUCACAAUUCGACGGUUGUUCAGCGGGGCGCCGCUAAGAGUAGUUCAACAGUGGAGCGUGCCAGUGCUGCGUCACAGCUGCUUGAGAUUCUUCCCCAAAAUUUCAAAUACAAACAAGACAUUGGGGUAGCUCAGAAGCCUCAAGAAGACAAGGCUCCCUGUACUUCACUUGAAUUCGCAUCUGGACUUGACAAACAGGAAGAGCCCAUUUUGCGUCCAGAGAACCCCAGACCUAUCGGUACCUCGCAACAUCAUCAGGUAGGUUUGGAAGAGGACGGGGCUUCUUUGACUUCCGGCCGCGCCAGGAGCACUACACAGAAGGUGGAUUCUGCGAAGGAACACGACCCACCAUCAAAGCUUAGUUUUGGUACAGUGCUUCCUUCCAGCUUUAAAUUCACAUGUGGACUUGACAAACCAGAAGAGCCCAUUUUGUGUCCAGAGGACUCCACUCCUGUCAGUGCCUCGCCACAACCUCUGGCAGGUUGGAGAAAUUUAGUGGCUUCUUGUACUUCCGGCCGUGCCAAGAGAACGGCAAAGAAGUUGGAUGAUGUGAAGGAGGAUGACCCACCAUCAAAGCCUAGUUUUGGUACAGCGCUUCCUUCCAGCUUUGAAGUCACAUCUGAACUUGACAAACCAGAAGAGCCCAUUUUGCAUCCAGAGGACUCCAGUUCUGUCAGUGCCUCGCCACAACCUCUGGCAGGUUGGAGAAAUUUAGUGACUUUUUGCCGCGCCAUUAGAAUUCCAAAGAAGGUGGAUGAUGCGAAGAAGGAUGACACAACAUCAAAGCCUAGUGAUCAGGUAGGUUCGAAAGAGGACGUGACUCAUGCGACAUCUGUGACUGGCAUAAACGGAAAGAGGACCAGGGACACUGUUGCUAAAGAGGAGCCCCCAGCCAAGAGGAGUAAGGACACUCUUGCUGAAAAGGAGCUCCCUGCCAAGAAGACCAGGGACAGUGUUGCUGAAGUGAAACUCCCAGCCAAGAGGACCAGGAAUAGUGAUGAUGCUAGACAGGAGCCCUCUGCCAAGAAGACCAGGGACAGCAUUACUGAAGUGAAACUCCCAGCCAAGAGGACCAGGAAUAGUGAUGAUGCUAGACAGGAGCCCUCUGCCAAGAGGAUCAGGGAGAAUCAAACUGACUAUGUGCUCCCCUCCAAGAGGACCAGGGACAGUGUUGCUGAAGAGGAGCCCCCAGCCAAGAGGACUAGAGACACUGUUGCUAAAGAGGAGCUCCCAGCCAAGACGGCACAGUGGUAUAAUGAAGAUCCCAUUUGGGACGAGGUCCUUCAAAGUAUCGGCAGAAGGAUGGCAUGGAGAUAUGGUAAAGAAUGGGAGGACGAGCCCAUUCCGUCAACCCCUCUGUUCAUUCCAUACCGAAAGACAGACCAUGAAGAUCCUAUUCUGUUAUCCCCUGUCCUCAGUCCCUCCCCAAGGACAGCGUGUGAGGAUCCUGGUCUGUCAUCCCCUGUCCUCAGUCCCUCAACAAGGACGUCGUGUGAGGAUCCUGGUCUCUCAUCCCCUGUCCUCAGUCCCUCACCAAGGACGUCGUGUGGGUAUCCUGGUCUGUCAUCCCCUAUCCUCAGUCCCUCACCAAGGACGUCGUGUGGGGAUCCUGGUCUGUCAUCCCCUGUCCUCAGUCCCUCAUAUAGAAUGGCGCGUAAACUUCCUGUUUUGUUAUCCCCUAUCCAAAGUCCCUCACCAAGGACAGCGUGUGAGGAUCCUGGUCUGUCAUCCCCUGUCCUCAGUCCCUCAUAUAGAAUGGCGCGUAAACUUCCUGUUUUGUUAUCCCCUAUCCACAGUCCCUCACCAAGGACAGCGUGUGAGGAUCCUGGUCUGUCAUCCCCUGUCCUCAGUCCCUCAUAUAGAAUGGCGCGUAAACUUCCUGUUUUGUUAUCCCCUAUCCACAGUCCCUCACCAAGGACGUCGUGUGGGGAUCCUGGUCUGUCAUCCCCCGUCCUCAGUCCCUCGUAUAGAAUGGCGCGUAAACUUCCUGUUUUGUUAUCCCCUAUCCACAGUCCCUCACCAAGGACAGCGUGUGAGGAUCCUGGUCUGUCAUCCCCUGUCCUCAGUCCCUCAUAUAGAAUGGUGCGUAAACUUCCUGUUUUGUUAUCCCCUAUCCACAGUCCCUUACGAGGGACGAUGCAAGAGGAUCCUUUUCUCUCAUCCCCUGACGUCAGUCCUUCACCAUCAACACACCGUGAAAAUCCAACUUUGUCAUCCCCUGACUUCCGUUUCCGGAUGGAGACUGAAAAGGACAAAGAAGAGGAACCAACACCUUCAACAUCUGGUGGAACGACAGCAAGAGCGAGUUCCAGACACGUGUGGUUUAGACCUCGCUACGUUUUAAGUGACUCUGAUUAGAUUGGGAUCCGUAAAAACUGAAGACCUAUUUGGGAAGUCACAUUAGGACAUCAUCAUUUCUCUGUUUUUUGGGGUUUUUUAAAAUUAAAGCCAAUGGGUUUCUAGCAAGCCCGUGGAAGCCUUACGUAGCGCCUUGCACCGGGGCUGUUCUUUAUCCCGCUGCUAGAUGUAGCAUUUUAGAUGGUGAGGAUCCUGGCAGGUCUGAGGAAGCCUUAGGUAGCGCCUUGCACCGGAGUUUUCUUCAUCUUUGCGAUUUCUUCUCAACUCCCCCAUGUUUCAGGGUGAAAUAGCGGUUCUUCCCCACGCUGUGCUCUCCGAUAUAGUAAAUUGUUCUUUCCUGUUCCUCCACUAAUCCAGUCUCCAAGUUUUUAAUCUUUCAGGUUUUAGCUGCUCAUCGCUGGAUCCUUUCGUCGUCGUCCAUGUGGUUCCUGUCCUUCUGGACCCCUUGUUUUUCACGCUGCUCGUACGUUUUUCCACAUUCACAUGAUACUGCUUGCCUCCUGCUGGUGGUGGGGACCAUCAGCUUUACUAAAUAAAAGUAGAAAUAGAAAUUCACUAUUAGUAAUUUAGAAACUGUUCAACCAUGUAGAGUUAAAGUUUACAUUAAGUAAGGAAUGCUUGCCUGACAACAUGUUGUAUUAGAAACCAAAUUAAAGCAUCAGGACAAUAAGAAAUUAGAAGACAAAGGAGAACAUAGACAGAAUUUAUGAUUGAAGGAUUUAAUUAAAAGUUUUUAUUCAGAGAGACACUAGAGAACAGGAUCGGAGGAAAGGAAAUGUAGAGCAUGUGGAGUAAAGUUUUAUGUAGAUAAACUAUUAAUCUCAUGAAACAAAUAGUUUAUAUGGCUAACAGCAUGUUCAUGUGUUGCAACACAGCAAAAUCACAGAAGAUGAAUAGACAUUAAAAAAAUACCAAACUAGUCUCUGGUUCGGGUUCAGACUUCUCAGAUCUCUGAUUCUCUGGUCGUCCCAGGUUGGAUCUCCUCCGCCUGUAAUCCUCCACCUUCAGCACCACCAGUCAGGUGGAGGAAGAUAAGAGAACCCAGUUGACAAAAAAAUUGACCAACAAUUAAAGCAGAAGACCUGCUCCACCUGCUGAUCUACUGGUUGUAACAGCUUGUGGGAAAGCAUCACUGGACCAAUCAGGCGAGAGAAGACAGAGAGGACUGAGGACUGAAACGAAAAUACUCUGCCUGCCAAAAAAGGUUUGAGGCAGACCGACCGCUGGGGAGAUGGACCUCACCUGACACCAUUACUCUGGAUGUAACAGCUCGACUCUGCUGUCAAAACAUCAAUGACUCGAGAAGCGGACAGCGAGAUUUCUGGUGCCUGGCUGGAGACGAGAUUCUGAUUAUUCAAGAGCCAAAACAAAAUGUCAGAAUAAAUAGUUAGAAGGCAGAUUUGUUUUCUAUUUGUUGUUGUUUUUAUUAUUAAUGCUCCACGACACAAAAUGUAUCACUGCUGUAACUCUUGAGUUUAAUAAAAUGUUCUUCUUUCAA